AUGGCAUCAACCCGACAAGUGCUUACCAUCGGUGGCCUCUCUUUCCUUACCGCCGGAUUGACUUAUUGUUUGUACUUCGAUUACAAGAGGCGGAACGACCCGGCGUUUCGCAAGGAGCUUCUCAAAGAACAGCGUCGACUGGUCAAGAAAAAUCAAACUCAAGAUAGGAAUGCCUCCCGCGAGUUAGAAAAAAUGCUCCAAGCUGCCGUCUCGAGCGUCCUUUCCGAGCAGUUUCCGACGACUGUGGAAGGCAAGGAGCAGUUCUUCAUGGAGCAAGUUGGGAUCGGAGAAAUGCUAGCCUCCAAGAUGCCCCGAGGUGCUAUGCCAGCGGCCAUCGCUUUCUUCAAAGCGUACAAAGUGUAUCCGUCGCCUGAGGAACUGCUGGUCAUCUACCAACGGACGAUGCCCCCUGAGAUAUUUGCAAUCAUCAUUGAAAUGAUCAAAUUGGAAGUCAACCAAGUCAUUCAUGCUAAGAACAACUAUCGGCCCCAGACCCGCAUGGACGCACCAGUCAUCGAAGAAAUCACCGGCGACGAACGUGCACUGAUCGAUGCUCUGAAAUCUGUUGCCGCUUCAGCGCCCACUUCAGCCUCGACCAAGCCGACUUCCGAGGGGUCCAAAGCACCUUCUGCCGAAUCCAAACCGCCAUCUGGACAUGAAGCCGCCCCGAAAUCAGCCCCACUCUCCCUGAACCCCUCCGGAGAUCCAAGCACGCAAACCAGUUCAGCUGCCCCCUCCGAAAAUGGAAGCGCCAUGGGCGCAAGCCAAACAGCCAACAGCUUCGUCCUAGUUGAUGACGAUUCCUCUGCUCCAACCAAUACCUCCCAGAGCAUCACCCAGCCAUCCGAGCCAGAAAAUCAGUUAUCAGACGACCUCAACACCGACAACCAACCUCGGGAAGAAGAUGCCCAAGAAUUAGAAAACGGACACUCUGCAGACGAUCAACCCCAACGCGCUUCCUCAGCACCGGUAGAAGGUUAA